AUGUUGAAGGUAACGGAGCAGGCCGUCGUGUGGAGCGCGGCGGACCGCAGCUUGGCGCCGUACCGGCUGCCCGUGGCGGCGCUGGGAGGCACCAAGGAGAGGGACAGGAACGAGGCGCAGGUCCAGAAGGCGAAGAAGGACACCUACGUCUACGUCCGCGUCGUGCCGCGGAGGGCGGGCAAGGACGGGCAGUCGCCGUUCGGUCCCGGAGAGAUCACUCUGCGCUUCGCGAAGCGCGAGGACGGCGACCAGUGCUGCGCCAAGGUGGUCGCACUGAAGGAGCGAGCCCAGCGGGAGAGAAUGGAGUGGCCGUCUGAGGAGGAGGACCGCGUCCGAAGCCGGAUUCUGGAGCGCGACGAGGAUCUUCAAAAGGUUUAUAAGGACCUCGUUCACGGCGCGGUGCUCACCGACCGCGAGUUCUGGCGCAGGCCCGAUCUCGAGGCCAGGCUGCGCGCCGCCCGCGACGAGUUCAAGGCGGACGGAGCCAAGGCCCGCAGCGCCACCGAGAUGCGGAGCUCGGCCGCGGCGCAGCCGCAGGACGCGCAGCGGCGGCUGCAGGAGGACGCGCAGCGGCGGCUGCUGGUGGCGCUGCCGUGGCUCCGGCGCGCGUUCGUGGAGUUCGUGUGCUCGAAGAUGCUCUCCCCUGUGGAGUUCUUUGACAAGUUCCACAGGCUGCGGCAGCUGCAGCGCGACGAGCUGGAGCGCGGGCGGCGGACGGGCGCGACGCAGGAGGAGGCGCUGCUGGGGCACUUGAAGGGCGACGCGUAUCUGACGAAGCUAUACUCGCACCAGCGGCGGUAUGCGAACGAGGCGAAGAAACAGGGCCCGCGGGACGUGCGGGCGGUGGGCGGCGUGGUGAACGUGGCGGUGGAGGAGUGGGACCGGCUGCCGGCGGGGUUCGGGAUGGCGGUUAAGGACGGGGGCGCGCGGGGGGGGUCCAAGGAUGUGGGGGGGAGGGGGAGUGUGGUGGAGGAGUGCAACGUGCAGGGGAUGUGGCAGCUGCGACCGUCCGACGCGCUCGCAGCCGGGAAGAAUCUGACGCUGCUGGAGUUCGCGAAGGCGCUCGACAACGAAGAACGGGCGCGGAAGGCCGCGGAGACCGCGGCGCUGGAGGCUGCGCGCGCCCAGGGGGGGAACGCCGCCACACGGAAGCGCCCGCGCGAGAGCGACGACGAGGCGGCGCGGCCGCUGCGAGACCUCGUGCCGACCGCGGCCGCGAAGGUCGAGGAGCUCGCGGUCGGCGACCCGCGGCGAUACUUUGAGACAGCACCCGCGGAGCCGUCCGCGGGGGAGCAUGUGGACGGGGGGGACAGCUUCGGCGGCGGGCCGUCGCAGGGACACUCCGGGGGCGGCGCGGUGUCCGGGGGCAUCAGCGUGGUGUCGCUGAUGCAGGCCAAGCGCGUGGAUUGGGGCCGGAUGGUGCUGCCGGAGGAGCAGGACGUGGUCGCGGCUGCAGAGCGGGCGCUGGAUGCCCUGCUGUCGGGAGAUCCGGACAGGCUGCCGACGGGGUGCCAGGGCGCGAAGAAGAUAGCGGAUAUCAUGACGCGCGUGCACGACGACGAGCAGAAGCAGGCGCAGGCGCGGGCUCCUGCGGCGGCUGAGCGCGAAAUGAGAGCCAAGGUGUGUGCACUGGAGCUCAAUGCGGUGCUGGUGCCGUUCUGGACUACGACGAAGGCCCUGGAGGCCGCACAGGGCCCGGCGGCGGACGGGAGGGCGCAGCGCAAGCGGAAGAAGGACGGCGACGCGCUGCUGCGGUUCAUGCGGGGGCUGCGGGAGCUGAUGGAGAGGGCGAAGCAGCUGAAGCAGGGGGUGGAGGUCGGGGAGCGGCGGCGGCUGGACGAGCUGACCAAGCCGCUGAACCUGGCGGUGGAGGCGGCGGAGGACGCGCUGGCGCGGCUGCAGGGGGCGGAUGUGGUGGCGCAGGACACAGCGUGA